GUGAGUGACCUUGAUUCCUUCGCCAACGUGUUGUAUAGUCGUUCGUUUCGUGGGGGCUAAAGCCGAGAGAACCCGACUGACGACUACCACUAGUAAUUCUCAUCGUCAGUACGAAUUCAAUCACCGUCCUCGAAACAACUUCGCAAGUUUUUUCAAACGAGUUUGGUCUUCAAAAGAUUUCUUUUUAAUUUUGUUUUUAACAUUUUUAUUUAUUUUUUUUUUUCUCAAUAAGUGAACAACAUCAUGAAGCUCUUUUUUAACAUUUAUAUCAUCGCUACGUAUUUCCUUGCAUUUUCUUAUGCAUUUCCUGCAUUCGACACAUCUGAGGAAAGCGACGAGAAAAAAAAUGUCGAUACGGUACUCAUUCUUCCCGGAUCCGACAUGGACAUGUUUGGUAGGCCAAAUAUUCCUGGAUUAUUCGAUUCUUCCGAUUCCGAUGAAUCAUGGUCUUUGUUUAGGCCAAGCAGCGUUAAUUUCGAUUAUCUAAGACAAUCUUUACGUGAACUGAUGAAACGACUUAGAGAUCACAUGGCGGAUAUGGCGUCAAAUUUUCCAUUAAAUUCUGAAUUUGUAACACGUUGGAAUAAAAUUCCUGAAGGAGCAAACACUACUUCUAACACUAAAAUCAUCAAUGGGCACGUCGUGACAAUCAACGAAACGGUUUACAGCAACGGUAACGACACAGAAGGAACGAUCAUUCGUGUACGUGUCAUCGACAUUAAACCUCAAAACGAGACGACGAUUCCUCAAGAAAACGAAAAUGGAACAGUAAUUCCAACGUCUACCAUUACUCCUACGGAAAAUGAUAACGAGGCUACAACACCACAACGAAGCGUUGAAACCGUAGAAGAAUUCGAUAAUGAGAUACCUAACCAAGGAGACGUCUUGAAAGCUUAAAGGAAAAAAAGAAUAGUCAUUUUUACAAAAUCUAAAAACCUCUCCAAUUUUCGUGCAUACACACACACACACGCGCGAUAAACAAACCAUCAGUAAUAACACAAUGAAUUGUGUAUCCAUUUAAAAAAACAAUUACUAUAAUAGUGUAGCGAAAACAUCUAUAAUAUACGUGAAAAAAAAAUAUAUAUAUAUAUGAAAUAAUCUAAUUAUGGCGUAUAUUAUAUGUAGAUGGUGGUGUAAGCUUAGAAAACACAUGCAUGUGGAAUAUAAAUGUAUAUUUUAAAUAUGUGAAUGCUAUUCCGAAUACAACAUUCUUGUAAUUUAUAUAUACACAUACACAUAUUUAUAAUUACACAUAUAUGCAUGCAUAUAUAUAUAUAUGUAUAUGUAUAUUAUAAAUCCAACCGAAAUUAUUCAGUCGAGUUACUUAAAUAAAUAAAAAAGAAAUAAAAAAAAAAACAAUCUUCCUAGUCCAUCCAAUAAAUUAAUAAAUGUAAUCCUAGAUUCUUUGUUGGCGUAAACCGUUGGUGAACAGCCGUAAUUACAAUUAACACAAACGCAAUUAUUUUUAAAUUAUUUCAUAUAUAACUAUCUUUUUAUAUUUAAAUACAUAUAAUUCAUAAAAGUGUCAAAUAAAAAAUGAUAAAUAAAAUGUCUACGACGUAAAUACAUUUUUCGAAAAAUAAUAAUGAUAUAACAAUA